AUGUUCAACGCACGGCCCACCGGAGCCAAGGACGACGAUCUCAUGAGCUCUGGCUCGUCGGGCUCGGUCGUCGCCCAAGUUCAAAUGCCCUCGAGGGCGUCCGGUCUCUUCGGCUUCUUCAGCAAGACCCUCGGCACCUCAUCGUCGCGCGCAUCACCCGAACCCGCGGUCGGUCGCGGGAGGAUCGGUGCGGCGACGGACUGGGACCUCAACGAGGACUCGCGCCUGGACCGCAACGAGCUCAAGGCUAUGGCCCGCGCGGACGUCACGAGGUACGAUCGAUACAUGGCCGCCGACCUGGACGGCGACGGCGUGCUCGAAUCCGGUGAGCUUCGCGUCGCCGAGGAGGCCGAGGACCAGCACAAUCGCGUGCGCAUGCUACAUCGCGUCAAGGAUGCGUACAAACGCAACGUGCGUAAAGUGAGCUCCUACUGGACGCUCGUGUCCUUCUCCUGCUUCCUGGUGAUCUACCUCUGGCUCUUGCACAAGCAGGCGGACGUCGACGCCGCCUACGGCAUGGCAUCCACGGUCACCAACGCGUUGGUGCCCACAAACCCAGAGACCAACGAGGACCAGAGGGUGUACGCGGACAAGUCCGAGGUGUUCGGAUGGCUCAAGGACACGUUCGGGCCGAUAUGGGCGGACCCCAAGUGCGGCAACGGCGAGUGUGAGCAGAUGGAGUUCCCAGGGUUCGGGCGAUUCGGAUGCACCGCGGACUGCGGCGCGUAUCCCCACCUCACCAAGGUUGACGUGGAGAUCACGCCCAUAUACACUUUGCAAAACGAUACGGAAGGGGUUGACGCGCAAAGAGCCGCGUUCCUCGCCGGAACGAAGUGGAACUUCUGCACCAAGGAGCUCAGGCCCGAGCGCGGCGAGGAGUGUUGGUUCGAGACCGACCGUCCAGUCAGCAACUACGUGGGCACCGUCGAUAAGUGGCAACUCGAGGUUCCAGGGAUGAACUGGUACGUCAGACUACUCGCGCCCUUCGGCGGCACCGCCGGUAAGGUGUUCGUCACGGACCCAAACACUCAACUAAAGAAGGUCAAGUACACGUGGGGAUAUUGCCAGCUCGACAGGGAUAAGGCGAUUGAAACCGCGGACGGGUACAGGUACGACAUGUACAUCGCCGCCGGCGUGCCACCCCCGGACGCAGCCACCCCGGGACGCAAGCUACUGAAUCAUCUCCCCGGUCACACCCCGGUACGUCGAAACCCCCCGCCGCCACCCUCAUCCUCACCCUCACCACCCCCGCCGCCGCCACCCCCACCGCCGCCGCCCUCGCGUGCCACGCGGGUCCCCGACGUGAGUCCACGCGCGAAGCCCGAGUGCACCUCCGGAUUUAGGCUGCUCGAGGUGCUGACGCAGACGUCCAUUAACGGAAACAAAAACGAGUGGGCUGUCAAACACGUCGUCUUCGACGAUGCGGCGAUCGUGGCGGCGGGGAUAAACACGACCACGGUGAACGCCACGGCCUUCUCCGCUCACAUCACGAGUGAAACGGCGACGGAGGUGGUCAGCGGGAGCCUGUCGGCGUACGAGACGAAGAUCGACCAGUGGUGCGUCAAACCCGGCAACUACAGUCUCGUCAUGUCGGAUUCCCACUCGAAGAACUUUGGCUGGAGGGGCGGGGGCGUGUUCAUCACCGGCGCGGACGAGUGCGAGAUCGUCAAGGCUUUCGCCGACGGCGUGGCCAGCGAGACGACGUACUUCACGAUCCCGGAUGUGAACGACGCGGACGUCAGAGGUCGCGACUGCGCCGCCGUCGGGCUAGAGCGCCGCGACUACAAAAACGGCUGGUGCACAUUUGACGUCGCCGCCUCGGCGGCGGCGUGCAACCCAAUCACCGCGCGCACUCCAAUCACGCCCACGUCGUCGGAAAUACAGAAACGGUGCUACCUCGGCGUCUGCCAGAACCCGAGGUGCCACGAGCCGAUGCUCCUCGCGGACUAUCGCACCGCCGGCGACGGGGCCAACGGCUGCUGCAACCUCGUGCAGUACGACGUCCCGUUCGCGAUGGAGGCUGUGGCCGUGCCCAAGCCCUCCAACGCCACGCCCCCCGUGCCCCUGGACACGUCGGUGAGGAAACGAUACGUGUCUUCCAAGAACGUCAUCGUCGGCGGCGUUCUCUUGUACCAGACGCGAUCGGGCAACGAGCCGUGCAAGGGAAAGUUUGGGGACGGCCGCGCGGACAGGGGCCUCAGCGGCAAGGUGUGCCCGGUGGUCGAUAAGAGCGACGUGGACCCGUACGGUGUCGACCCAGUGUUCAUCUCCACCUCCAGGCUUUACGAUCCCGAGGCAAAGAACAAAAUGUGCUGCCGCCCGGAGUCCGACGCGCAAGGCGGCUCCAACGCCAGCGACCCAGGCUUCAAGUUUUACAAAAACAGCGAACUCAACGUCAGGGGCGUGCCUUACGGGUUCUACCCGUCCACCCUGGAAGGGCGCGAGGCCGGCUUCGCGGUGGUGAUUGACAUUAAUCUGCGCGAGAACGCGUUCAAUAAGCUGAUCGAGUACCUCGAGGACGGCUUUUUCAUCGACAAGUACACCAAGAACCUGAAGGUGGAGGUGCUGACGUACAACGGCGAGCUGAGGUACUUCUGCAACCUGGUCGUCGACUUUGACUUUUCGCAGGGCGGCAACAUCCAGGUCGAAUACAGUGCGGACAGCGCCGCGACGCAGCCUUACUACCACGACCCGGACGACGAGACGGAGGUCAACAAUUACAACCUCAGGUGCCUCCUUGAGGCCGUCUUCUGCCUCUUUGUCCUCUCGGCUAUGUUCACCGAGCUCACCGAGCUCAUCGGCACGACGCUCAAGACGGGCCAUCCCAUGGAUUACUUCGUCAGCGCGUGGAACUACAUCGAGGUGUUGUCCAUCUGGUUGCACGUGUGCUGCGUGGGCAUGUGGCUGUGGCAGGUUGCGGAGAUGAGAGCCUUCGACACGGAACCUCGCUUCAACGUCUACCUCAACACCCAACACGCGAGGAGCGCGAGGCUCUUGGAGCUCAGAGACGAUGGAAGCCAACUCGAGAAGUACGUCGUGGACGUGCUGGGCAAGUUCAACUCCGUGAUCGAGGUGCAGGUGCUCUAUGGAACGUUCAACGGCAUCAACAUCUUCCUCUGUUUGCUGCGCUUCUUCAAGGCUGCGGAUUUCCAGCCCAAGCUCGGCAUCGUCACGAGGACCAUCGGCAAGUCCUUCCAGGAGCUCGCGCACUUCUUCGCGCUCCUCGGGAUCGUCUGUGCGAUGUACACUUUCCUCGGGCAAGUCGUCUUCGGCUCCAAGCUCUUACAGUUCAGCACACUGUCUCAAGCCGGGCAGACCAUCAUAUCUUGGACGUUGAGCGGCGACGACAGGGGCGUCGGCGAGGAGCUCUUCGAUCUGCCGGGCAGACUCGCCGUUGCCGGUGCCCUCUUCUACAUGACGUUUUCGUUCCUCACCACGCUCAUGUUGCUCAACUUCCUCAUCGCGAUUCUCUCCGAGGGUUACAUGAAGGUCCAGCAGGAGAGCGCCGACACGGAGUCCAUCAUCUCCGAGAUGUCGAAGCUGUUGACGAGAUGGCUCAGGGCCAAGACGAGCGGGGGCAAGCUUCUGACUGACCGCGCCGCGCUAAAGCGCGUGCGCGCUAUGCUCGCUGCGGAGGAGUACGAACGCGACCGGUUCGAGGAGAAGCACGGCAUGGAAAACACAGUUGCGCGGCGCGGGCGAGCGACGCGAGACGGCGACUCCGACUCGGACGAAGAGGACCGCGACGCGUCAUCCGCCAAAGUUCUCGAGCUCUCCGGCGACCGAGGCGGGGGCGUGGAGGUCGAGGAGCUGAGACGCGUCCUCGAGGGCUCGCAUCAGGCCGCGAGGCGUGCGAACGAGUCGGGGUUGAAGAAGGCCAAGGGCGGUCUGGGCGACGUUGCCGUGCUCUGCGAGUCCAUCGCGGCAUCCGUUGGAAACGCCAAAUCGGUAGACGGCGCGUCUCCGAUGGAGAAGAAGGUGAACGAGAUGCACUCUUUGAUUCUGAUGAUCGCCAAGCAGCUGGACGAGCAGAAAUGGGCACUUAGCGAGCUCAGGUCGACGAAGCUGGACGAGUCACCCGCGACUGCCGCGCGGGAUAAGUCGACCGCGACCCCGGAGAUCGAGAAUCGUUUGUAG